AUGUCUCGCGCCCGACCUCGCGCCACCCUCGACGACGCCCUCCGCGCGCGCGCGCUCACCGUCCUCGGCGCCCCCGCGUCCGCGCUCGAGUGUUCGACGUCCGCGAGCGCGCUCGCCGCGCUCGCGGAGUUUCUCGAGGACACAGUCAUAAGAGCCCUGCCCGCGGACCAACGCGACGGUUUGCGACGCGCGCGAACCGCGGACGCGCGCGGCGUGCGCGACGCGCUCACGGCGUACGGCGAACACCUCGAACCCGCGAUCGAGGCGCUGGGCGAGGGCGCGCUGGACGCCGUCGCGGACGAGCUGCUGGAGCGAGCGACGGCGCUCAAACACGCCGACGCGUCGCCGUCGGCGGCGCGGGACGACGUCGAGGCGAUCGAACGGUCGAGCAAGAGGCUGAAAUUGUUUUCGCGAGACGCCGAUGAAGUGAGCGGGGCGCUGGCGAGCGACGCGGGAUGGGAGGCGUUGACGCGGUUGGCGACGGCGCUCGGCGCGGAGACGAACGGGACGGGCGGCGGGAGGGAUCCGCUCGACGCGUGCGUCUUGCUCGAACGCUGCGUGGUGGCUCAGGAGAGGUUUGUGACGGCGUUCGCGUCGGCGAGCGGGCGAGAGACGGCGAGAAAUCCGCCGAAGCUGGAGGACAUGCCGAGCGGGGUCGGACUGAACGGCGACGCCGAAGUGGAGCGCGCCGUCGCCGUCGCUCGGUUAUUGCACGUGAACGAUCUGCGGAGGUUACAGAGCGAAGUGGAUGCGUUUUUAGUCGCCAUGCAAGAGUACACCGCCGAUCCCAAGACGGAUUCUCGCAUCGGAAAAGUCGGACGAUAG